AUGGCGGAUAAACUAAAUCCGUUUGAGGAAGACGAGUUGAUUGAAACACAAAUCGACAGUACAUAUUUUGAAUCGCCCGAUGCUUCUCAUUCUGAUGAUGUACCAGAUACCAUAGGUCCGACUGACAUUUCCUGGGAUGCCAUAGCAUUGAAGCUAUUGAAAGACAAUCACCUUUUGACCGCAUUAGAAUUGCACACAGAACUUGUUGAAUCUGGCCGUGAACUUCCCAGACUGCGAGAUUAUUUUUCGAAUCCAGGAAACUUUGAGAGAAUAAAAGAAGAAUCACCAUCUCCCACAUUGCCUCGAGCCCCAAGUGUCCAGACCUUUGAUUCACUCGACUUUGCACGUUAUUCAGAUGAUGGAGAACGCCAGGUGGAUGAGAGAGUUGCCGUUUUGGAAUUUGAAUUGAGAAAAGCACAAGACACAAUUAAACAUUUGAGAGCCACUUUAACAAAAGAAGCAGAAAAUGACCUUGUGUCCCCGGACAGCAGUGAGUCUGUUGGCAUGGCCGACUCGCAUGCUGAAAACAUCAAGCCACUGGAGCACAAAGCCCUCAACUUCCUCGUCAACGAAUAUCUCCUCAUUAAUAACUACAAGCUGACAUCCGUCACUUUUGCUGAGGAAAAUGAGGAACAGGAUUUUGAGGACUGGGAUGAUGUUGGUUUGAACAUUCCUCGACCUCCAGGCCUGCUACACCUGUUCCGAGAUUACGGCAAUCACAUAAUGCCGCAGAAGGAAUCGCAAGAUGUUGGGUGUGAGGCGGACAUAGAGGACGAACACCAUUUUGAGAUGCAGCAAGACUGGAUGCACAUUAAAGAACAGUUGGAAAGCAAAGUUUAUGAAUUGGAAGAUCAACUCCAGAUUAUUGGUCAAGAAAAUGAAGUUCUGUCUAAACAAGUACAAAUACUGAAGAUCAAUCCAAGAAAUGCUCAUGUUGUUCAUUCCACAUCAAAAUCUCACAAACCAAAGAGAUCUGCAUCAGACAAUUUAUCAGAAGUUAAAGAUAUUUCUAGUAAUAAUCUAGUCGAACAAUCCAUUGAAAACGACUGGGGGGCAUUCCAUGAACAUUCUAAGCCAGUUGACGAACUGGGUCAUGAAACAUCAAUAGCCGAUUCAAAUGAUGUGUCCCCAUUGAUAAACAGUAAAGCCGAAGAAAGGACAAACGCAGCUGAGUUAAACACAGAUGUCCUGGAUGCAGCUGGUGGAGGGGGUGUGGGGGAAAACACGGAACAGGACCAAACAAUCAUUAAUAGUCCAGCUUGUGAGAGAAAAUUAUCGGAGUCGUUUAAAAGCGCCCUUCAAGAAGUUGCAUUCCAUAUUUCCACAAACAACAGAAUUGUUACAGAGGUUUCUAAAAGUGGUCAUUCUGAUAUCGAGGGCCUUGUUUUGAUGCUGGGAAGGUGUUUGCCGCACAUUGUGCCAAAUGUUCUUCUUGCUAAACGAGAGGAGUUAAUUCCCUUGAUUCUGUGCACUGCCAUGUUGCAUCCAGACUCUCAAGAAAGAGAUCACCUGCUGAACAUUCUGUUCAACCUCAUCAAGAAACCUGAUGAGGAACAAAGACAGAUGAUUCUCACCGGCUGUAUUGCGUUUGCUCAACAUGUGGGACAGACUCGAUUAGAAGCAGAACUUCUACCUCAGUGUUGGGAACAGAUCAGUCAUAAGUAUGUUGAAAGAAGGUUGUUGGUGGCUGAAGCCUGUGGUGCCCUUGCCUCAUAUCUUUCUUACGAGUUGCGAAGCUCUCUGCUGCUGUCGAUGUUGAAGCAGAUGUUGGUGGACGAUAAGGAUGAGGAGGUCAGGGAAGCCGUGGUGAGGAGUCUGGGCUUUCUCACAGGCUGGAUCUGUGAUGCUGAUAAAUUUUCAGAGAUAUAUGAUCUAUUGCGACUGGCUCUUCGAGACUCCUCAGAGAAAGUUGUGUCAUCAGCUCUGCAUGUGUUUCUGCCGUCAUUUGCAGCGUGGGCGUACGAACUGGGACACCUCGAACACCAGCUAACACACUCUAUACUUCGCGAACUGGAGGAAAUGGGAGCUCUCGCUGUUCAGAAAACCACAAACAGCACAACACUUCCUCUGGAUGAAGGGCGGUUCCUGCUGCUGCUUGCUCAACUUCAAGAACUGAUUCCAUUCUUGUUUCUGUCCGUCCUGGAAAAUGGUCCAUACACUAGUCACUUAGAUUUGGAAGACAGCAAAACUCCAGUGUUUGAUUUGUUACAAUUCCCCGAGUCAACUAGUCUGCUGUCGGACCUGAGAGUUAUUGUGGGUGAUGACCGCCAUUUAUUAGCUUUAAUAAACAAGUUUGAAGAACACAUAGGACAAGAAUGGGUCGAGCCAUGGGAACAAUAUAACUGGAUUAUAAACAACCUAAUUGCUCGUCUCCUAGAGGUGACAAUGGGAGUUGGUCUUUCAUUACAGAAGAUUGUUAGUAGUUUGUGUAAAUAUGUUUUUAGAGUUUGUAGGACAUUCGGAAGGACUUUUACGAACAUUAAGGUCAAACCGAAAUUCGAGGCACUAGUAAUGUUACCAGAAGAAGAACCUGAUUCGGAAGUGAACAACGGUCACACUGCAUUAACUACCUGUGUUGUUCCCGUGUAUGCAGCUGGAGUUCUGAUCUCAUUUAACAUGGAGGAUGACCGUAAGAGAUUAGCUGAGUUUCUUCAGCAGGUGUUGUGUACACUGGCAUUCUGUCAGGCUCCACUGGACAGUCUAAAGGCGGCCUUUUCAGAGCUGUGUUUAGACGCUGCUAACCACGAACUGCUUCUCAACGUUCUCUGGAUCGGAGUUGUCCACCCGUCGGGCCAUGUCCGAGCCACCGCAGCAUGCAUGUUUGAGCUGAUGAUCAAGCAUCUUGGUGACAACCUCAUCUCAACUCGAGUUGUACCAGCGUUGGUGACCCUCGCCAAUGACCCAGAAAUUUCUGUCCGUUUGUCGACCAUUCCGUCCUUGGGAGCCAUCAUUGAACAGAUCACCAUUCGAGAGGUUUUGGAUCGGGUGUACAUGCAGCUUCAGACGUUUUUUGACGACCCGCUGUACCGAGAUCAGCACUCAAUACACGUGGAGCUCAUCCGAACCAUGGCGCGGGUCGGACCCAACUCGGAACCACGCUUCAGAGACGAAUUCAUCCUGCCCCGCCUGGCGGCCAUGGCGCUGGCUAACAACCACACGACAAACGAGACGAAGAAGAUGGACAUCACUCUGCAGCUGUUUGAGGCAUACAGCGCCAUGUCCUGCUGCUUUAUCAAUGACCAGUUGAUCCAGGAAGCCAUGUUGCCAGGGUUACGGUGUCUACAGCAAGACAUGGCCGUCAUAGCUCCAGAACACGAGGAGGUUGUGGCAUCGAUGGUGCGGGAAUAUGAGUGCAAGAUAGAAGGAACGCGUCCCGCAGACAGAAGUUCCAGCUUCACGUCGACCCUAAGCUCGCAGUUUGCUCCUGGAUCAGAGGACAUGAAGUCUCGAGUGAUGUCGCGCAUCAAAGACACGACAUCAAAGGCCAACCUGUCGAACAUCUUCACACGCAAGAAGUGAAACACAAAAACACUGACAGGAAGUGGAUUGGGACAGACAUUUCUCUUCAUUUGAGGACCCAAACAGUCAGAGCUAGCUCUGGCAGUCGCCAUGAUUCACCCACUGCGAAUUUUGAAAACAACUGGCAAAUUUUAUUUUGAGUUGGCGAAAUAAUUUUGCUAUAUUUUAUUAUAAAAUAACUGGUUUUCUGCCAUUUUUGAAGUUUAAUCAGUAAUAUUUGGCGACACUUUGUGUUCACCCAGAGCUAGCCCUGGGACUCAGCAAGUUAUGUGGGCUUCAAUAUACAAAGAGGAAUUUAACAUUAACAGAAAGUAGAUCUUCACAUACAAUAAGUGUGAUUUUUUAAAAUGACUCUUGCUGUAUGAACUACACAAUCUGAACAUCACACAGUGGAAUUGUUUAAAUACCAUAUGCAGACAUGCAGAUGUGUGACAUCAUACACAAGAGAUAUUCUUAAACUAUUUCUUGCUGUAUGACAUCCAAAUCUGACAUCGUACGUAAGUCAAGUUCCUUAACUAACUCUUACUGUAUGACAUGCAAACUUGACAUCAAACAUACAAUGUAAGAAACAUUUCUUAACUAACUCUUACUGUAUGACAUGCAAACUUGACAUCAAACAUACAAUGUAAGAAACAUUUCUUAACUAACUCUUACUGUAUGACAUGCAAACUAAACAUCAAACAUACAAUGUAAGAAACAUUUCUUAACUAACUCUUACUGUAUGACAUGCAAACUAAACAUCAAACAUACAAUGUAAGAAAUAUUUCUUAACUAACUCUUACUGUAUGACAUGUAAACUUGACAUCAAACAUACAAUGUAAGAAACAUUUCUUAAAUAACUCUUACUGUAUGACAUGCAAACUUGACAUCAAACAUACAAUGUAAGAAACAUUUCUUAAAUAACUCUUACUGUAUGACAUGCAAACUUGACAUCAAACAUACAAUGUAAGAAACAUUUCUUAAAUAACUCUUGCUCUAUGAAAUACACAAAUUUGACAUAAAAUAAUGAGAGAAAGCAGAAAGUUGAUCUUCACAUAUCGAAAGUCAAAGCACUUUCAAUUAAAACACUUUCAAUAAAACCCCAUUAAAUGAAAUGCUUAAAACUUUACUUAAUAUAAAUUUUCACAUACAGUGUAUAACAUGCACAAUGUCUACAUAUGCCCAACAUUUCUAUUUAUUAAAAAAUUGAGGCAAGUUAUGAGAUUUCCAAGAUACAAGACUGAGGAACGGAAAGUGGUAUUUUCAAUACAUUAGUGUCCAAGCAAUGCAACAGAGGUGAUAAUGUGUUCAGAUGAAGUUACAUGCUUUACCUUGCCAUGGAAUUGAAACACAUUGAGUUGUAUGACAAAAUACAGUUAAAACAAAGCAAAAUAAAACAUGCUUUUAGUAUCUUUGCUAUUUAGUGUUGUAUUGAAGGACAUCUAAAACAAAAAUAUUGGGCCACAUUUGCAAAGCCUGUGAACCAACCACAUUAUAUUUACAAUGCCUAAAAAAUCUGUGGUUGAGAAAAACAGGUUUCACAAUUUCAGCCCAUUGGGUUUUUUUCUUCGUUAUUUGUGCAAAUUAAAGAAGUCCUUGUAUAUUCAUCUAAAAUAAAAACUGUCUUGCCAUGGACAACUGAAUGAACUUGUGUAGUGCAGAAAACAGUGAAAAUAAAAUCUCUGUUUUCACUAUCUUUGAUCGAAGUUGUAUUCAGGUGAUGUAUUAGAGGUGCAAUAAGAACAGUGGAAAUGAUCUGAUUUUACAGCACUAAGAAAUACUAUGUGAUAUUUUCUCAUUAUUAUUUAAUUUGUCUUCAUAUUUUCAAAUUACUUUUAAUAUUUUUUAUUAGUGGUUUUUGUUUUUGUUUGGUUUUUUGUGUGUUUUUGUGUGAUUACUGAUACAUGUAAUUUUGAUAUAUUCCAUUAAUUUUUAGAAAUCAGAAUUUUUUAAUUUAUGUAGCAAUGAAAUGUUGAUUUUUCUUCUCUUAUCUUACAUGUGUUAGAUUUAUUGUAGCAUUUAUGGUGUCACAAGCAUUUCAGUAAAUUUAAUGUGACAUACAUGUAGCAGAUGUUUACUACAGUAACAGUUAAUUAAUAUUAAAAACUUUUUUUGUUGUUAAAAUGACCAUACCCAUUAAAAUAAUAUGCUAGAUAUGUCUGUGUUUCUAAGUUUGAUGUACCUGUUUAAUGGUCAAACAAUAUGUUUAUAAUUCACUAGAUGAUAAAACAAAGCCUUGUUCAUUAACAAAAAAGAAGUCAUGUAUAUCCCUUUAAAAAGACUUUAUUUUUAAUUAUUUGCAUUUCAAAAAACAAAUUGUAUAUAAGGUUAAAAUAUAAAGAUUAAAACAUAAUCUGACUGUUGUGCAAAAUUUAUAAAAUUAAUUUGCAGAUUAUUUUAUUUGCAGAGCAAGAGUAAGUAACAUGAUCCAAUUCUGAAUUUUUGUUAUAAAAUUUCCUACAGCACAUACACAAUUGCGACCAUUUGUUUUUAUGACCCGACUCAUAGUAAUUCAUGGGUCCUAAAUUACACUAACAAUACUCUUAAAACCUUGGAAAUCUGAAAAUGCUAGUUGUGUAACAUCAUAUUUCUGGGGGCUGAGGUGUAAGGAAUUUUAUUAAAACACAUUCUUACCAUAAUCUGGAUGCAUAAUAGGUGUGCAAUGCAUACAUAUAUUAUAUUCUAGAUACUUCAUUAAUAUCCAAGAUGGAUCUCUAAUGUACAUUUAGUUACUUAAAAGUGUGCAUGAUUGUGAGUUAGAUAUAAAAUUGAUUGGAUGGGAAUAUUUUAGCUUAACUUUGUAUAUACUGUACAUGUGUAGAAUCAAGUGUUAAAUCCAGGCCUGUAUAUACUGUACAUGUAUAGAAUCAAGUGUUAAAUCCGGGCCUGUAUAUACUGUACAUGUGUAGAAUCAAGUGUUAAAUCCGGGCCUGUAUAUACUGUACAUGUGUAGAAUCAAGUGUUAAAUCCGGGCCUGUAUAUACUGUACAUGUAUAGAAUCAAGUGUUAAAUCCGGGCCUGUAUAUACUGUACAUGUAUAGAAUCAAGUGUUAAAUCCGGGCCUGUAUAUACUGUACAUGUAUAGAAUCAAGUGUUAAAUCCGGGCCUGUAUAUACUGUACAUGUAUAGAAUCAAGUGUUAAAUCCGGGCCUGUAUAUACUGUACAUGUAUAGAAUCAAGUGUUAAAUCCAGGCCUGUAUAUACUGUACAUGUGUAGAAUCAAUUCACUCUCUCUCUCUCUCUCUCUCUCUCUCUCUCUCUCUCUUCAAUUCCCAGAGGCUUGUAUAUCUAACAACAGUACUAUAUCCCCUAAUUAUUCACAUUACUGUAUAUAAAGAGAUAACACAAAUAGUUUACCAUUGAAGGGGCAAACCUUAAUGCAUAUAUAAAGAGUAAACUCUUUUUGUACAAAAAUGGAUAAAUGUAAAUAGUUUACUUAAUUGUACAUUAAAGGGUAACGCCUAAUAAUUUACUUUUUUUGUACAUAGUGUAAAUCCCAACAGCAAAUAUAUUCAUGUUAUUUCUGGUCCAAGACUAUGAUUGUGAAUGGGAAUUUUUGUUCCAAUUAUUUAAAUAUUAUUUAAAUAUUUUAAAAGUAUUUUAAAAGCAUACAGAUGGCUUUGUCACAGUUUAUUUAGUAUAUAGGACUUUUUUGUUGUUGGCAGCUUUAAACAAAGACUGACCAGUGUUGUGCAACAUUGUGUGUGAUACUCCGUGUGAAUUGUUGUUUUAACAAAAUAAUAACAUGUAUGAUAUCACCUUUAUAACAUUCCUGAAUUAGUAAUUUAUCACUCAGUACGCUUUCAACAUGUACCAGUAAUACAGAUAUUGUUUUGUGUCA